AUGCCUAGCAUCGGCAGCAUCGUCUACUACGGCACCCACCUCGGGGAGCUGAGGAACAUCAUCCAAUGGAAGCUCUGGCACGAUGCCGUCCACGAGCGCGACGAGUCCAAGGAGAGCGCUGAGCUGAAGGAGUGCUUCAAGUACCUCAAGAUGACCAGCCGCAGUUUUGCUGCCGUCAUUCAAGAACUGCAUCCCGAGCUUCUUGUUCCCGUCUGCCUCUUCUACCUGAUCCUGCGCGGUCUGGACACGAUUGAGGACGACAUGACCAUCCCCUUCGAGACCAAGCAGCCCCUCCUCCGCAACUUCCACAACAUCCUCGAGCAAGACGGCUGGAACUUUGCAGGCAACGGCCCCAAUGAGAAGGAUCGCGAGCUCUGCGUCCACUUCGACGUCGUUGUCGCCGAGUACAAGAAGAUCAAGCCCGAAUACAAGGUCAUCAUCAAGGACAUCACAGACCGCAUGGGUAACGGCAUGGCCGACUACGCAAAGAUGGCCGACGAGGGUGGUGCUCAGAAGGUUGAGACCAUCAAGGAAUACUACAAGUACUGUCACUACGUUGCUGGUCUGGUCGGCGAGGGACUGACUCGCUUGUUUGUCGAGGCCAAGUUGGCCAACCCUGCCCUUCUGGAGCGCGAGGACCUGCACGAGUCGAUGGGUCAAUUCCUACAGCAAACAAACAUCAUUCGUGAUAUCCGCGAAGACCACGAGGACAAGCGCUACUUCUGGCCUCGCGAGGUCUGGUCCAAGCAUGUCGACCACUUCGAAGACCUCUUCUUGCCCGAGAACAAGGAGAAGGCAUUGGCCUGCAGUUCAGAGAUGGUCCUGCUGGCUCUGCGCCGUGCCGACGACUGCCUGUUCUACCUUGCUGGACUCAAGGAGCAGAGUGUCUUCAACUUCUGCGCCAUCCCCCAAACAAUGGCCAUUGCCACACUCGAGCUGUGCUUCCAGAACCCCACCAUCUUCGAGAAGAACGUCAAGAUCACAAAGGGCUCUGCCUGCAAACUUAUGGUUGAGAGCACACAGAACCUUCAGGUUGCAUACAAUACUUUCAAGCGUUAUGCUCGCAUCAUUCACAAGCGCAACAACCCGCAAGACCCCAACUUCCUCGAGAUCAGUCUUGCAUGUGGAAAGAUUGAGCAAUUCAUCGAAUCCAUCUUCCCUACUCAGACUGCUGCCACUUACCGCCAGGGCGCUCCCGCCGCUGUCGACUCGAGUGGUACCACUCUCUCCCCCGAGGAGCAGGAGAGGCAAAAGAAGCAGCAGGCUCAAGACAAGGAGGAGUUCUUCUACAUCAUGCUGGCUGUUGGAGCCACGCUAUUCGUUAUUACCUUUAUCAUGUUCUUCACCGCUUGGAUGAUGGGUGCACGCUUUGACAUUGCCUGGCAGCAACUUCGCAGCGGUAACAUCUGGGCACCGAAGACCACAGACGAGGCCCUCGAUGCUCGUGAUGCCUUUGAUGCAGCAAAGUCUGCCGUCACAGCAACUGUCAAGGUCGUCACAUCAAGCGUCGUCUCACAUGGCGAACUGUAA